CGGAUAUAGCUAUAAAGGAGUUGUUGCCAGCUUGUGAGGAAAGAAGGUGUGCUAGGCAUAUACUAGCAAAUUGGUCAAAGAAUUAGAGAGGGCUGCAAAGGAAGAAUCAGUUCUGGAAGUGUGCUAGAAGUACUUUUGAAGCUGAAUUCAGAGAAAAUCUGCACGAGUUGUCUAAAUUAGGUACUGGAGGUACAGGUAUAGUGGAUGACCUAAUUUACUAUGAUAAAGAAUAUUGGUGUAAGGUGUAUUUUAAUUGUGAAGUCAAGUCUGAUGCAAUAGAUAAUAAUAUGUGUGAAAGCUUUAAUGCUUGGAUUUUGUCUGCAAGGCAUAAAACCAUUAUUUCUAUGCUUGAAGAGAUAAGAAUUAAGGUCAUGAAUAGGUUAGCUAGGUUAAGUGAAUUUCCAAACUCUUGGAUUAGCAAUUUCUCUCCAAUGGCAAUGAAAGUACUAGAACAAAAUAUUGAUAAGUCAAUGGCAUGUAACAUUGAGUUCAAUGGAGUAACUGGCUAUGAGGUUUUGGAUGGAUACAAACAACACACUGUAUGUUUGAGAAAGAGGGAGUGUAGUUGUAGAUCUUGGAUGUUGAAGGGUAUACCAUGUGCACAUGCCUUAGCUGCAAUGUUGCAUAAACAAUAUGACCCACAUGAUUUCAUUCAUCCAUGCUACUCUAAAGAGAGGUACUUGAUGACUUACUCACAUUUCAUACAACCUAUGAAUAACAUGCCAAUGUGGCCAGAAUAAAAAAAUCCUCUUGUUGAUCCACCAGUGAUAAAACAAAUGCCAGGCAGACCUAGAAAGUUGAGAAGGAAAGAGGUUGGUGAAAAGAAGGUGUUUGGUAAAUUAUCUAAAACAGGACUAACUAUGACAUGUAGUCUUUGCCAUGUUAAAGGUCACAAUAAAAGAAGUUGUCAUUUACGAAGGAGUGAUGGAGUUGGUUCUACUGCCGGGGAAAAGAGAGCUACCCCUACUUCAAAUGUUGAAGAACCAUCAAGUUCAAAAAAAAGGAAGGGGAAGACCAAAGAAAUCAACAAAUAUUGAGAGUGAGCCUAUUGCCAAAAGGGGGAGAGGCAAACCUAAAAACACAAGUGCAAAUGCAAGUGCAACAGGGGAUUCAUAUACAAUUAUUGCACCUCCAACAACUUCAAGAACAACAAGAGCUAGAGCAAGUGCAAGUGCAUUAAUGGCCUCUCCUAGAACCACUGCACCUCCUACAACUUCAAGAACACCAACACAUGAAGAAUGUGCAAGUGUAACUGGUGUUGGAGUAUUAUCAAGAUCCAGGAGUGGUAGAGGAAGGGGUAGGGGAUUGGGAAGUGCAGGAAGACGUGGUAAUCAUCCAUUUGAAAAUUGGUUUACAUGUUCUCAAGGUAGUACAACACAUGGUGUAGACCAGAACACAAAUGUUGCACCAAAGGAAACUGCUACUACCAGGAAAGGCAAGGAUGUUGAAAACACAACUCAAUUUAAAAGGCCAAGAGUCACUGGUAUGGGUGUGCUUCAAGCUAAAAAUGGUUUCAAAAAUUUCAAUCCUGGACUGCCAAGUAGCACAAUAUUAGCCGGACCAAAGAGAGUUUUGAGAUCAAGUAUUGUAACUGGGGAUGUUGGUUUCAACCGACAAGCGGAUUGAAGUGGAAAGGAAAUCAGGCAAUCACAACUAGAAGGCUCUAGCAGAUUAGAGAUCAAUCAAGGCUUUCAAACCCAAAUGCUUCCUCCUCUUCACAAGCUCAACACCCAUGGAAACUAUAAUGUUGAUUUCAAUGGUGUUUUAUCAGUACUUUGUUGGUGGCCACUAUAAGUACUAUUUUGUUUCAUGUUUGAAGGAAAACUAAAUAUUCCUAUUUUUUGUGAUAGUACUGAAAUUACGGGUACUUAUGCAAUGUGAAAACUUUGUUUUGCGUA